AAUUCCUUUUUAAAUUUCCUACUGAUUGCUGAUACGGGCAAAAGUCCAAAACAUGUUAGGGAUUUGAUGGCCGUGUUCGUUUGUUAAUUACUCUGUUCGUCUUUUGAUUGUGAUGCCUCAAUCUUUCUUGCUUUUCUUUUUUUGUUUUUUUGUUUUAAUUUGUCUGCUCUGCCAUAAACCAUUGGUGGGCACUGGGCAAGGGAAACUAUUGCUUCAGCAGUUGCCAAGAGGAUGGCUAUGGUGCCUGAACGUGCCAAGCUCCAUAUUGUCAUGACCGCCUGGCAGAUUGGAUAUGCAGGGAACCAUAUCAUUCUCAGAACUGCACUUAAUAUGGGUGUAAGCAAGCUGGUUUUCCCACUUUAUCGGAACAUCGUCGCGCUGCUUCUACUAGCUCCCUCUGCAUAUUUUUUAGAGAAAGACAGGCCACCGUUGACUACUUCUCUUUUGAUACAAUUCUUCCUCCUCGGAUUUAUUGGGAUAACAUGUAAUCAAGGAUCUUAUCUUUUUGGGCUGGACAACACCUCACCAUCCUUGGCUUCUGCUAUAGAGAAUGCUAUUCCUGCUGUAACCUUUCUCAUGGCUGCGGCACUCAGGAUUGAGCAAGUGAACUUGAAUAGGAAAGAUGGUAUUGCUAAGGUGCUUGGAACUCUUGCUUCUGUUUCUGGAGCAUCAGUCAUUACCUUUUACAAGGGACCAGCCAUUUAUACACCAGAUUCACGUUUACACCAAUCACAUAUUUUGGUUUCAUUAGGAGAUGAUGCUAAGGGGAAGAAUUGGACCUUGGGUUGCGUCUAUCUGAUUGCUCACUGCAUAUGUUGGUCCGGUUGGAUUGUGUUACAAGCACCCGUCUUGAAGAAAUAUCCGGCUCGGCUUUCAGCCACCUCAUAUUCUUGCUUCUUCAGUGUUCUUCAGUUUCUGGCAAUCGCAGCUUACUAUGAGAAAGACCCCCAAGCCUGGAAGGUUCACUCCGGUGCUGAAGCUUUCAGUAUUUUCUACACGGGAAUUGUGGCUUCAGCAUUAGCAUUUGCAGUGCAAACGUGGGUCAUUGACAGGGCCGGACCAGUUUUUGCUUCAGUGUAUCUACCUGUACAGACCUUAAUUGUAGCUGUAAUGGCAUCUGUUGUUUUAGGCGAAGAAUUCUACUUGGGAGGGUUGAUUGGAGCAGUAUUGAUUGUGGCUGGACUAUACCUUGUUGUGUGGGGAAAAGGUGAAGAGAGCAAGUUUUCAGAAGAAAAGGCUGCAAUUCCCUCAGUGUCUGAAAACAAUCAGAGAAAAGACCCUUGCAAACCUUCUCUCAUCCAACCAUUACUUAGUUUUGAGAGUGAUAACUAGAAAAAGCCUGCAUUUCUUGUACAAUUCAAAAGCUUUCAUCUUUACCUUACAAAUUCUUCUAAGAAUUUUUUUGGUGGUUGUUCAAGAAACAGAAUCAAACAUAGAUAAAAAUAAAAUGGCUUGCAUUA